AAAAUCAAAAUUAAUAUAAAUCUUUGUUAUAUCACAUAAUUUAAAUUUACCGCUGUUACAUAUAAGAUAAGAAAAUAUGCUCUAGUAAUAUAGUACUUACUUCAAAGGUGUCAGAAUCUCUCGAGAUUUAUAACGUUUCACACCGAAGAAUAUAAAUUACAAUUUUGUAAAAAUGGGAUUAAAGUUUGGAAAUCUUAAAAAACUAAGUGGUGUUACAUUUUUUCGUCUUAGUCCAUAUGAACAAAGAGCUUUUGCUGGAGUAGGUGAAGCUACUGGUAAAAUGCUAAAACGUCUCAGAUCAACUAUUUUAACUGCUGGACCUUUUUUCCUUUUAAGUUAUGUCAUAAUGGAAUGGGCUACUGAAGAAAAUCAUAAAAUGCACCGUAAAAAUCCAAAAGACUAUGAAAAUGAUGUAUAAAUAUUAUAAAUUGAUGUAUAAUGUUAUAACUUUAAAUUAGUACUGUCUAUGUAUUUAUAUUUAAUAUAAUAUAUAUAUAGAUAUUUAAUACAUAUAUAUAUAUAUAUAUAUGUAUAUAUCAUUAAAAUGAAACUCAUUACUUCUUUAUAGAAA